UGUGGCCCCGCGGUUGCUUCUGAUCCCGGCUGCUGCUUCUUGCGGCUUUCGGGGUGUACGGGCAGACCCCGACUCUACUGUCUCCCCGCCAUGGAGCUCACGGGGGCCAAGCUCAGGAACCUGCCCUGGGUUGAGAAAUACCGGCCACAGACACUGAAUGAUCUCAUUUCUCAUCAGGACAUUCUGAGUACAAUUCAGAAAUUCAUCAGCGAGGACCGCCUGCCGCAUCUGCUGCUCUACGGGCCCCCGGGCACCGGGAAGACGUCCACCAUCCUUGCCUGUGCCAAGCAGCUGUACAAAGAGAAGGAAUUCGGCUCCAUGGUUUUAGAGCUCAAUGCUUCUGAUGACCGAGGAAUUGAUAUCGUCCGGGGCCCCAUCCUGAGCUUUGCCAGCACAAGGACCAUAUUUAAAAAAGGCUUUAAACUGGUGAUUCUGGAUGAAGCUGACGCCAUGACACAGGAUGCCCAGAAUGCCUUGCGCAGAGUGAUCGAGAAGUUCACGGAAAACACCCGCUUCUGCCUUAUCUGUAACUACCUGUCCAAGAUCAUCCCAGCGCUACAAUCCCGAUGCACGCGGUUCCGCUUCGGCCCGCUGAGCCCCGAGCUCAUGGUCCCCCGCCUGGAACACGUCAUCAGGGAAGAGAAAGUGGACGUGAGUGAGGACGGGAUGAAGGCUCUGGUGACCCUCUCCAGCGGGGACAUGCGGCGGGCACUGAACAUUCUGCAGAGCACGCACAUGGCCUUCGAGAAGGUAACCGAGGAGACUGUCUACACCUGCACGGGACACCCGCUAAAAUCCGACAUCGCAAACAUCCUGGACUGGAUGCUUAACUUGGACUUCACCACGGCCUACAGGAAAAUCAUGGCGCUGAAGACACUGAAGGGCCUGGCCCUGCACGAUAUCCUCACCGAGAUCCACUUGUUUGUGCACAGAGUGGACUUCCCACCAUCAGUUCGCAUACAUCUGCUGACCCAGAUGGCAGACAUCGAGUACAGGCUCUCCGUGGGCACCAGCGAGAAGAUACAGCUGAGUUCCCUCAUUGCAGCCUUCCAGGUCACCAGAGACUUGAUAGUUACAGAUGCCUAGCCUAGAGGCGGGGACUCGAUUGCAGCG